UUGCGCCUGUCCUGAUGGUUGGAAAGAGAGGGAAAAGCAGCAGCCACUUUGAACCAGACCCUUCUGAUAGCCUGUUCGAAACGGAUAGCCUCGAUAGAUGUAUAGAGAACCAAAACCAAACCAAGAUGCUGUCUGCCAGAUCCUUGACCUCGGAUUUCAGUCAAGAAAAGCCUUCAUUGAAAGUGAUGUCCUAAAAGAAGAUGAUAGACCUACAAAGAUUCUGGAGGCAUAUCCAUGUUUCAAGGAGCUUCAUCAUGUGAUGGAGGAGCUGCGGUGGAUCCAGGAUAUGGGAAACGGCAAAUUCAGAUGUCAAGUACAGGACAGAUGGGAAGACUUCUGCUCACUAGUGCAGUUUUACAGAGUUUGGAAAAAAGUGUUGAAGCCUCCCAUGAACUUAAGUGGAGUUGAACACAACGUUGCACUCUUCAGAGCACUCCCAACGCUUUUCCCAUCUCCAACUUCACCCCUUAAGAAACUGGCACAUGCUAGUGAAGCAUUGCUGCAUGUUCUAGAGCCAACAGAUGAUCCUGCCAAAUACCUGGAGAAGAGAUCUUUCUCCAGCCCGGUGUUGCUCUUUGAUGGGUCCUGCUGUCUCGUGGCAAGUGGAGAAACUCCCAUCACCACCUUUGCCAAAGAAGAUCUUGGCCAUAGGUUGUUUUAUCUGUUGGCUUACCACUACACCUUCCAUCUUACCCAUCCCAAGUUUGUGGCAACCCUACUUUGUCAGUCAGACAGAAAUAUUGAAGGACAAUAUUCACGAGCGGGACACCACAAGUUCAUAAAAAAAGUUUUGGCAGAGUGAAACGUUUUUACUGAGUGGUAGAGCUCUCACGGUGAGAAAUGAAUGCCUUGUUUGGUGAUGUUAACCAGAGACACUCUUUUUCUUAUUUCUCUUAACCUCAGAUUAUUUACUAGUAUGGCCUGCAUCAGCGUUCAUUAAGAUUUAGCUGUAAACCUAUGUUAAAUUUUAUGUUGAAAUGCUUCAAGCAGUUCUUUGUAUUUGUAGAAGCAGAAGUAUUCUAUGUUAACAGUGUAUUCAAAGCAAUUUUGAAAAAAGCAAUAUAAAUAAAUAUUGUUAAGUAUACUAAUCCUG